GGGUGCGUUGCCCGGAGACGGAAAGUUUGGGAGCCGGAGCGGGCUCGGCCGCAGCCCUGGGAAGGGGGUCCAGGGGGCGGUGGCCCUGGGGAUGGGGAAGGAGCAGGAGCUGCUGGAGGCAGCCCGCACAGGGCACCUCCCGGCCGUGGAGAAGCUGCUGUCGGGGAAGCGGCUCUCCUCAGGCUUUGGGGGCGGCGGCGGCGGCGGCGGCUCCUCCGGGAGCGGCGGCGGCGGCGGCCUCGGGUCCUCGAGCCAUCCCCUCUCCAGUCUGCUCAGCAUCUGGAGAGGGCCCAAUGUGAACUGUGUUGACAGCACCGGGUAUACACCGCUGCACCAUGCUGCUUUGAAUGGCCAUAAGGAUGUGGUUGAGGUUCUUCUGAGGAACGAUGCGUUGACCAAUGUGGCUGAUUCCAAAGGCUGUUACCCUCUGCACUUGGCAGCCUGGAAAGGAGAUGCCCAGAUAGUGCGGUUGCUCAUCCAUCAAGGGCCCUCACACACCAGAGUCAACGAACAGAAUGCUCUUGAGAUCAAAGAAUUCAAAAAGUACGGCCCCUUUGACCCUUAUAUCAAUGCCAAGAACAACGACAACGAGACAGCCCUGCACUGUGCCGCGCAGUACGGCCACACGGAGGUGGUGAAGGUCCUCUUAGAGGAGCUGACAGACCCCACCAUGCGCAACAACAAAUUCGAGACGCCCCUGGACCUGGCUGCUCUGUACGGGAGACUGGAGGUGGUGAAGAUGCUCCUCAACGCGCACCCCAACCUCCUGGGCUGCAACACUAGGAAGCACACGCCCUUGCACUUGGCGGCGCGGAAUGGCCACAGAGCUGUGGUGCAGGUCCUGCUGGAUGCCGGCAUGGACAGCAACUACCAGACGGAGAAGGGCAGUGCUUUGCAUGAGGCUGCUCUGUUUGGCAAGACUGAUGUGGUGCAAAUCCUGCUGGCUGCAGGAAUUGAUGUCAACAUAAAAGAUAACCGUGGCCUGACUGCCCUAGACACUGUCCGGGAACUGCCUUCUCAAAAGAGCCAGCAGAUAGCGGCACUUAUUGAAGAUCACAUGACUGGAAAAAGAGGUGCGAAAGAGGCCGAGAGAACCCCCACGUCCCAGGGACCUCUCAUCUCCAGUAUGGACUCCGUAUCCCAGGAGUCUCAGGGUGAUGUGGAGAAAGCAGUGACUGAACUGAUCAUUGAUUUUGACAUAAACGCUGAAGAGGAGGGUCCCUACGAGGCGCUGUAUAACGCUGUCUCCUGCCAUUCGUUGGACAGCAUGGCCAGUGGCCGAUCAUCUGACCGAGACUCCAUGAACAAGGAGGCCGAGGCAGCAGGAGUGAAGACUACUGGAGUGAGGCCUAGGGAACGGCCACCGCCUCCAGCAAAGCCACCACCUGAUGAAGAGGAGGAAGACCGCAUAGAUAAGAAGUAUUUUCCCUUGACAGCUUCUGAGGUCUUGGCCAUGAGACCCUGGAUUCAGGGAAGCACAGCCCGGGAAGAGGAGGAGCAUCCUUACGAGCUGUUGUUAACAGCAGAAACCAAGAAGCUGGGAUCCAUGGAUGGGGAUGGAAAACCAAAAGACCACAGGCGGAGCAGCAGCAGCCGGAGCCAGGACUCUGCAGAGGGGCAGGACGGGCAGGUCCCAGAGCAGUUCUCAGGUCUCCUCCACGGCUCCUCCCCGGUGUGUGAGGUGGGGCAGGACCCUUUCCAGCUGCUCUCUGCCCCUGGCCAGAGCCAUCCAGAAGGGUCCCCCACACAGGGCGCCUGUCACGAGGCCAGCAUGCAGCUGGAGGAGAUGGGUGUGCACGCUCCUGGAGCCUCCCUGCCCAGUGUCCUGGACCAGAGUAAGAGAGCAGGUUACUCGGCUGGCCUGCCCACCACCAACAGCCAAUCGCACCCCGAAACUUUGACUCACACGGCAUCUCAACACCCUGGUGGUGCUGAGGAAGAAAGAGACCGGAGUGGGGCUAGGAGCCGAGCCCCUCCCACCAGCAAACCCAAAGCUGAACUCAAACUCAGCCGCAGCUUGUCCAAGUCUGACUCUGAUCUCCUGACCUGCUCACCCACGGAGGACACUACAAUGGGGAGCCGGAGCGAGUCCUUGUCCAACUGCAGCAUCGGGAAGAAGAGGCUGGAGAAGUCGCCCUCCUUUGCCUCAGAGUGGGAUGAGAUUGAGAAAAUCAUGAGCUCUAUUGGCGAAGGGAUUGACUUUUCUCAGGAACAGCAGAAGAUCUCAGGUUCGCGGACGCUGGAGCAGAGCGUCGGGGAGUGGCUGGAGGCCGUUGGGCUGCAGCAGUAUGAGAGCAGGUUGCUUCUGAAUGGCUUUGACGAUGUCCGCUUCCUGGGGUCUAACGUGAUGGAAGAGCAAGACCUGCGGGAGAUCGGCAUCAGUGACCCACAGCACCGGCGGAAGCUGCUCCAGGCAGCGCGAUCCCUGCCCAAGGUGAAAGCACUGGGCUGUGACGGCAGCAGUCCCCCAUCAGUACCCUCCUGGCUAGACUCCCUGGGGCUGCAGGACUACGUGCAUUCCUUCCUGUCCAGCGGCUACAGCUCUAUUGACACUGUGAAGAACCUCUGGGAACUGGAGCUUGUCAACGUGCUGAAGGUCCAUCUCCUCGGCCACCGCAAGCGCAUCAUCGCCUCCCUGGCAGACAGACCAUACGAGGAGCCGCCUCAGAAGCCCCCUCGGUUUUCCCAGCUGAGAUGCCAGGACUUGCUCUCCCAGACAUCGUCCCCACUGAGCCAGAAUGACUCCUGCACUGGCCGCUCUGCAGACUUGCUACUGCCUCCAGGGGACACGGGCAGGAGGCGGCACGACAGUCUUCAUGACCCUGCGGCACCUUCUCGAGCCGAGCGCUUCCGAAUCCAGGAAGAGCAGCGCGAAGCCAAACUGACCCUCCGGCCCCCCAGCCUGGCUGCCCCCUACGCCCCAGUGCAGAGCUGGCAACACCAGCCAGAGAAACUCAUCUUCGAGUCCUGCGGUUAUGAAGCCAACUAUCUGGGCUCCAUGUUGAUCAAAGAUCUUCGAGGGACGGAAUCCACACAGGAUGCCUGUGCAAAGAUGCGGAAAUCCACCGAGCACAUGAAGAAGAUCCCCACUAUCAUCCUGUCCAUCACAUACAAAGGUGUCAAGUUCAUCGAUGCCUCCAACAAGAAUGUCAUUGCGGAGCAUGAGAUUCGGAACAUUUCCUGUGCAGCCCAGGACCCAGAGGACCUCUGCACCUUUGCCUACAUCACCAAGGACCUGCAGACCAGCCACCACUAUUGCCAUGUGUUCAGCACGGUGGAUGUGAAUCUGACCUACGAGAUCAUCCUGACACUGGGCCAGGCGUUCGAGGUGGCCUAUCAGCUGGCCCUGCAGGCCCAGAAGUCCCGCUCCCUGGGGCCUUCCACUGCUGAGAUGAUUGAAACAAAAUCUUCCAAACCGGUGCCUAAGCCUCGGGUCGGCACGAGGAAGUCAGCACUGGAACCACCCGAUACGGACCCAGAUGCCCAGUCCCAUGCCAGCGUCUCCUGGGUUGUGGACCCUAAACCGGACUCUAAGCGGAGCCUCAGCACCAAGUAUGAGACCACUAUCUUCUAACCGCUCACUCCCUGUCUCCACUAGUCUCACUGUGCCUUGCCAUCCGACCUCUGCUCUUCUCAGCUCUCCUUCCGGCUGCUGACGCCAAGGCCCCAGCCCCAGGGGGCCCUGCUCUCCCUGCCGGCAGCUGCUCUAGACACCACACUCACAGCUCGUACCCAACACCGCCGGACACUCUGAAUUCCCCCCUUGGGCGAGGACAGCCUGGCGGGGGUGGGGGUGUGAGUUGUCUUCCAGGUGGUCACCAGGAGGGCUCAGCGGGCAGGCACUGUGAACCCUGGGGCGGGGGGCAGCCCUCGAGCAGAGCCAGACAGCACCCGUGACCGCUCCCUCUGACUAGGCUGGGCUCUUGGUCUGCUCUCCUCCCCCGGCUUCUGCGCUGAGCCGCAGCUGGGUGCCGCUGCCAAGAGUGAACUGUCUUUUUGCACCUUUCCUGAUACAACCAACCACUGUGACCACCCGGUGCCAGAAUCCCCUUGCUCUCCGCUCAUGGCUGGCCUGCGGCCCCAAUCCUCUGUCCUCUGCCGUCGGGUGCUGGCCUCCCUCCUGCGAGAGCCCGAGCUGGGCGGCGAGGCUCACCUAGGCUCACACUGCAUUCUGUGAGGGCCCGAGGUCCUCAGGCACGUGCCUGACUCCACAGCCUGGAGCUCUGAGCAUCUCAACAGCCUCAGGCUGGCUUCCCUGAGCAGGUCUCUGGGUCCCGCUGAGGCUUCCACUCCGAGGAACGGGAUGGCUGGUGUGCGGUCGGCCACCCCUGUCUUCGCCAGGGCGUAACGAGGCUGUUUCUGGAGUCUAGCUCACCGAGGAGGAAGGCCUUUCUGUAGCAGCCAGCGCGAGGGAGGCCUGUGCCCUGCGUGCACACGGCCCCUUCUUCCCUCACAGCAUGGAGCUACUCCAGGACAGGAACCCGGACCGAGCAGCUCCCACCUUGUCCUCCGGGGGGCUUUCCGACACUGCUCCACGGUGUGAGGGCCGGAGAUAGUCAGCCCCCCUCCACCUCUUGAGUCCCCUGAGGGGGACAGUCCGCCAGCUGGGAUCAUGGAGCUGAGGCUCUGAAGAAGCCCCCCAGUGUCUGGGGAGGGCCGAGGAGCUCAGAUGGCAGGAGACAGGCAAGCGGCAGCUCCAUGUAGGCCCGUAGGGAAGCCAGGUGCUCCAGCAGUUCCUGGAGAGGCGCAGCCCAAGGUGGUAGCGUGGGGUGGGUGCUCCUGCCCGCCGGCCUGGCCUCGUGCCUUCAAGAGCAGCCAUGCUGAGCCCCAGGUGCUGGGGGAGGCUGUGAGGGAUGUUCCUUGGCUUCCAUGCUUCCUUUCAGUUCCCUCCACCCCGUGAAGGCCCCUGUGGUUAACCCUUUCCUCCCCCCAUUGUGUUUGCUUCUGCCAAGCUGAGCCACUGAGGAACCAACUGUGCUGCGGAACCACAGACGUGGGGAGCACAGGCUCUCGCCGCCACCACCGCCGCCGCCACCACUGUGUCUCCUGCAGCUUUGAAGACCCAGGCCCAGCCUCUGCCAGGAGCAGCUCCUUGGGGCUGCCUGGCCUGGACCUGCCACCACCAGGUCUUAAAGAGCAAGCCACACGCCAGGCCUUGAGCGGAGGAAACUGGAAACUCCGGAGAGUCAAGAAGUGACUUGUCCAGAAGACAUUUUUUAUUAGAAAAAAAAAAUUUUCUAUAAAAUGAAUUUUUAAGACUUGGCUCAAACCUCUAGGUUAAACUGCCAAUCUUUAGACAGAUGGCCUCGGGAUCGGAGGACAGGUGGCCCGAGAGUGGCUCCGAGGCCGGUCUGCACAGCCUUCGUCCCUGGCACGGGCUGCUGGCGCGGUCUGGUAGGUUGCAGAGGAGGCAGCGGCCUGUGAGGAAAGAGAAAGCAGGCCCAGGUGGGCAGAUGGGAGUGGGGCUGCUCGAGUCUGCUUUCAGACCCAGCCAAGUCGCUUGCUGCUGUUCCUUACGAACUGCACAACUUCUGUCCCCAUUUGGAGCCGGAUGCCACCUCUGCAAUAAGAACAGCCUCAGAGGCACCUGGCAAAAGCAGAGACCCCCGGGCCAUUCCCGGGGUUCCAAAUGUGAAGGCGCGCGGGCCAGACGGGGCUGAGGGAGCUGUUCCUGGUGCCGCGCAGUCUGGGCCCCUCCUUGGCGCCCAAGCCGGGUGGUCAGGGCGCCGGCCCACACACGCGUGGGCGGCCUCAGACCUGCCUGUGUUCGGUCAGAAAGGAGAAAAAGCAGCUUUGUUUUGGGCAUUAACGGAUAGGUCAGCUAAGACGGCUACCUGCCGACUUGUGAUUUGUCUAAUCAGGUCUGUGUGAUUAGGACUCGCUUUGAUUCUCUGAAUUACUAGUUUGACUGUUUUAUUUUUGGCUGCUGGAUUCAUCCCGGGCUCCAAGUGUAGAGAAGGCUAAGUAAGGUGACCGUGGAUUCGGUUCUCCCCCGGCGUUGCCUUCAGGGCAGGCUGGGGCCCUGGCGCACCACUGCCACUUAAGGCCUCCUACUGGCUUGCUUCACUUGUUAACUUGGACUCUUGCUCUGUGCUCCUGAGGGAGGUGGAAGCCAACGGGGUAACUGCUGUGAGGCUGAGGGGCAGAGCCGGCUCCGCUGCUGGCCCAGCCCCUUCCAGGGUAGGGAGCAGAGGAGCCCUUCCUCCGUGGCCAACUCAGCAGCAGGUCUCAUGCUUUGCCGGCAUGGGGCGGGCUGCUCCCAGCCCCCACAUGCCAGGCUUUGGCGGGACUUCCUUCUCAGCAAAGGCUGUGAGUUGGGUGCACGGAGAGUGCUCUUGGGCACACUCACCGCCCUGUGGUGGCCAGAAAAGGGAAAGCCCGCCAUCCUCCCACUGCCUUGAGGCUGGACCUCCUCUCUGGAGCAGGGCCAGGGAACCCCCACCUCCCGGUACUAAACCAGGACCUCAACGCCUGAAGUCUGGCUUCACUUCCUGCUUCUCCCAAAGCCCGGGAGCCUCCCACCAGCUCACACCACACAUGUUUUGCCCCUGCCGACCCACGAGAAUCGACCAGGGAACCAGAGGGGUCAGCACCCUUCCUUCCCCUAACAAGGGGGGCCUGGCCUCAGCUAAGCGCGCCUCUCCUCUCAGGGGGUCGGCAGGUCCAAAAAGCAAACUGUAGACACUACGAUGAGCUGCUCGAGCUGCCUUUUUGUUUUUAAAUCACAUGUAGGUGUUUCCUCCCCUUGAAGCUGCUAUAUCUUUAUUUAUUCAGGGUGUUGUCAUAUUGGAAAGCCUUGGCUAGUCUGUGCUGGCUCUGGGUUUGCUUUGGAGAUUGGUUUAUUUCUGGAUAGCCGAGAAGGGUAGGGACUGGAUCUUUUUUUCUUUCCUUUUUACUUCUCCCCGGGGCAGGUACUCUCUCUCCCUUCGAAAAGGGUGGUGUGAUUUCAAGGACAGGCUUUGAGCAGAAAAGCCGCCUGGUCCCACACCCGAGUUUGGAGGCAGGGUCUGAGCCGUGCAGGGCCCCUCUGGGCAGCCUUGUGAGGGAGUCGUACCUGCCCCAGACCCGGCUUCUCUGCUUGCCUCCCUUCUGCUUGCCAGCCACUCCAAGCCGUAGGAACCCUACUGCCAGGCUGCAUGUCUGCCAGGCUCCGCCGCCCUCCUGGGUCUCUAGCCUCAGAUUCUGACGGGAGUUCCUCCAGAAGCCUCUGGCUGAGCAGGCCGCAGACGUGGUGGCUGCUGCACCGACAGGAGAAAGCUGGUCCGCCCUCAGUCGGCCUUCGGGAGGCCAGAUCUGCGAGAUGACGGUUGGAAGCAGCUCGUGGAAGUGGUGUUGCUAACGGGGUGGCAAUGGGACUGAAUUGUAAUAAAAAUGUUAUUUAAUCUUUGUCUCUGUAUUUUGAUACUUGAAUGAAUUCCCCUUUUAUUUUACUGUACAUAGAACUGUUAAUCUGUCUGAUUCUGUCCGAAUUACAAACAUCUUGUGGUACCAAACAUAACGAAUCUGUGUGGCAACAUAGACUGACCUCACUACGCAAGACAGAGCGUCAACAUUCCUGGGCUUCCACCUUCGGUUCGGUUAUUUUCAUAACUGUACAACGUAGAACAGACUGAAUUAAUAAAGGAGAAGCAACAUGAAACCA